UGAGUCGUAAUGUGAUGAUUUUAGCAUUUCUUCUCGGUUCUUUUUGUGUCUAAUCACAGAAAACGACAGUUACGUGUUUUUGUUUUCAAUUUUCUGUCCUGUACUGAGGUUUUCCGUCAUUAUUCGCUCAUAUCGUGAACACGUACUGAAGUUGAUUCGUUUUCGUAGUGAUUUCGUUUUCUGCGGUUUGUCCUUCCCUUGUUUAGCUGGUGUAUGUUCGUGGCUGUAUUUGAGGGGCUUUUCUCCGGGCUGAGGGGCUCUCAUAGCUGUUAUUUUGCGCUAACCCUUGAGCCAAUGCCGGCUCCUAUCCGGCCGGCCCGGGCCAGCGAGUGGCUCCGCUGCGCUCUGGCGCACCACUUUAGCCCGGAGCUCAGCGUGCGCAACGAGGUGGUGGUGCUGGCGCUGGGCGUGGACCAGUACCUGCAGGAGGUUUACCACCACCUAACCGUGUGCAGCAGCGGCAGCGCGCCGGACGGAGAGCUGGUGUCCGGAGAGGACUUCAGGCUGCUGUGCGGGUGUCUGAGCCUGGAGGAGGAGGAGGUUUGCUCCGGGCUGCCCUCAGCGCUCACCUUCAGGGACUUCCACUCACGGCUCUGCGGGGUUUUCGCAGCCCGAGCCGGUGCGGAGGGGCUUCGACUCCCCGUUACGACUGAGACGGAACAUGUAGAGAGGGAGAUCCGCAUGCGGUGGCCCAGAGUGCGCAGGAGGAGGUGCGUGAGCUUCGACCUGAGUCAGGACCGCGCACGGACCGCAAAAUAUGGACCCAGCAAAGAAACAGGGCAGGAUUUGCAGCAGAGGACAUGGCGGGAGCAAGUGGAGAUGGAGAACGCCAGUCUGAGGGAGCUGGUGGAGGACCUUCGUUCGGCUCUCCAGAGCAGUGAUGCCCGCUGCAUGGCCCUUGAGGUGGCUCUACGGAGAGAGCGGCUGGCGCCGUCCUGCAGACUCGGGGAGGCCGCUGAGAGACAAAGCUGCGAAAUGGGAGUAAAAAAGCUGAAGAGUGUCGGACGGGAGAGCCGGAGGCGCACCAAGGACCUGCUGCGGGAGCUGGAGCUGAUUCGAGCUUCCCGGGAUGGACAGCUUCAGGAGGCGAUGAGGUUCAACCAGAGGCUGGAGGAGGAGCUGGCGGUGGCUUACGGAGAGGUCAGCAGGCUGGAGGAGGCUUUAGGCAGCAUGAGGAGAGAGAGUGCCGAGAUCAAGAAGAAGGCAGAGGAGGCGAGAGGUGCUCUGGCUGCAGGACUGAAGAGAGUCAGAGAGAUCCAGGAUCUGGCCCAGCAGGUGACCCCACUGCAAGAGAAAGUCCAGAACCUCGAGGCAGAGCUGGAGAGAUUCAGAUCUCAGUGUACCUGUGGGUUUUCAUGUGAGCAGAGACCUGAAGCUCCUGUCGAAUCCGCACCUCGUGUCCUCCCCACGGGCCGAGAUGAGACCUUCAUCAGAGGAGCAGAAGAAGGCCUGCAGAGGGCAGUAGAGGGCCGAGCAGCUUCUGAUGAGGAGGAGGAGGAGGAGAGAGGAGAGGAGGAAGGGCAGUGCUGUAUGCUGGAGGUGAAGCGGCUGAUCAACAGGCUUCAUAACUGCUCGAAGGGGUGUCAGAAAACAGCUGUGUGCCACCUGCUCCUGUCUCAGUACUCUACGGGAUGCUACGCUGAACCAUGUGGCUGCUCUGGGUCACGAGAGGCAAAGGUGAGGGGCCGAAGGCACCACAUGCUCACGGACGAGAAGGAACUGGAGAAAGACGUGCAGAUGAAGCAGGAGGAGGUGGACGGUUUGCGUUUGGAGGCUCAGACAGUGCAGACAGAGCGAGUGCGUCUGUCCUUACUGGAGGGGAAACACACAGACACUCUCUCAGCGCUGCUGCAGCUACGAGAAAAAAGGGUCACUCGGAGAGCCCUGGGUAAAAUUCUAUUGGACACGUUAGACCUGUGCAGCAGAAAAGCCCAAGAUCCCAUCCCUGUUAUCCAGGUUGUGGACACUCUGUGUGAACAGUUGGUCUCCAGUGAGCUCCUGUAUGGGGAAGAAGAGGUCACAGUGGGGUCAGCGCCCAGAGUGACUCCAGGUCACAGAAACCCCACUAAUUCCCUACGUAUCUCCUGCUGAGAGAGACACUCAGAUCUUUUCAUCCAAAUUCAGAAUCCAGACUUUGAAUUAAGGCUCCACACAGACCACACAUGGAUUCAUUGCUGUGUCCGAUCCACUCACACCAGCACAACACACACUAGCACACCACCAACGUCACAACGUCAGUGUUACUGCAGUGCUGAGAAUGAUCCACCACCCCUGCUCUGUGAGGGUCCAUGGGGGUCCUGACCACUGAA